ACCAAGAAACGCUUGGAAAAGAUCUCAAUACAAAACACUUUCUUCCCAAUGAAUUUCUUGUUGUCACAUCAGAAUCCUGUACGUGCAAAUAUUAUCAAUCCCUUGAAUAGGACUCCCUUAAAGUCCCCAUGUUAAGCAGUUCUAAAUUCACUUCACAGGGCAUCACUUUUGGGCACUCCUUAAUAUUUAUCUGGAUUAUGGGGGAUUAUUCACUGUCCCUGAACAACAGGGAGAACCAGUUAAUCCUAAACUUUUGGUCCUUCAAACCAAGGAUCAUUAAUUGAGUCCGCUCCAUUUAAUCCCACCACGUCAAGGACUAAGCAUCGCAAGUUACCCUUCGCGGGAAGCCAAAACUCUGUUAACAAUUCAUAAAGUAUUGAUUUUAACUGUCAAUGAACACACUAGCAAUGCCAGACAAGUUUCAAAUGACUGAACAAUCAUUCAAUAUUUCACACUUUGGUCUUAUACAAGGUUUCUGAAUUGAUAGUUUGGCACAGAGGUGACAGCCUCUUUUCAGUGGACACAACCAGAUCUCCAAGGGAAACCGUACACAGUUUCGCCGGCCCGUAAUCAGCUUAUAGCUCAAGUUGCGUAACACCCCCCACUUAAAAUGAAUUGCUGGCCCUUCAAGCCCUGCAAUUGCCGACCACCAUCAUUGAUAUCGUUGGCUAUUGUUCAGGCCACUUUCAGCCCUAAUAGCAAGAGAAGGCUGCUGCACAACAAGAGUACACAGAUUGGUGGAUGGUAUGAUGAUGCCCGCAGGGAAACUUCUGGGAGUUCGCUGGUGUAUGUUUUCUGUGGCUUCAACUAAAGUCCAAGUUGAUCUCCCGGGAAGCUUGUCUGCAGCAGCAACUGAGCCAGAUCAAGUUUUCUUGGAUGCUUUGGCGAAUUUUCUGAAAUCUGUGGGAGGAGAGUUUGGUGAACGCAGCCUCACGGACAGGUUACUGUCCGCUGCCAGCGUCAAGGAUUUAUUACAAUCCUCUUCUCGGUAACAAUUAAUCAGUUCUCUUUCUGACAAAAUACUCCAAGGAAAUGGAUACUCUGGAGAAGUCCCUGGUGGAAAAAGUUUAGAAAUUCUCAACUUGAUGUCAAAGUUUAAAGAGGCCUGCAACUUUGAUUGAAGUUUAAUCACAAGUGAUUCAUUGCCAAGCGAGCCGUCAACACCUGGACACAAUCUGAAGUUGUCGUCAGGGGAUACCAGAGCUUUUCUUGGCACUGGUUGCUGUGAGAAAGAUGGCGUGAUUGUUUCCUCUGGAUUUAAAAAAAAGAUAACUCUAUUGAAGUUCUUGAUAAAGAGUGUUGGCUCUCAUCAGAGAAAACAUAUUUGAAGGCUGUUAGGCCUACGAUACUUGUCGUCAGAGGAUACCAGAGGUUUUCUUGGCACUGGUUGCUGUGAGAAAGAUGGCUUGAUUGUUUCCUCUGGAUUUAAAAAAAAAGAUAACUCUAUUGAAGUUCUUGAUAAAGAGUUUUGGCUCUCAUCGAAGAAAAAUUUCAGAAGACUGUUACUUGAUUGAUGAAAAAUCGAAGUUAUUUCCUUGGAUUACUGCCAAGCACAGACCCCUACAUUUUGUUUAUGGUCUGCUUGCAUUUCCAGUUGAAACCAAAAGCUUUAGAAAGUGGAAUUAUCCCUGUGAUCUGAUGUGGUGGGGAAGUUGAGAGUCCUCAAAGGUGAUAUUGAGAUGUUAUUGACUGCAUGAGUUACACUGUAUUCAUGUUUCAAGUUUAUCAAACGUAAAUGCGAAACAGAAUGUUCGAAGUUUUAAGGCACACACAUGUGCACAGUGGAAGUCUGCUUUGUAACACGAGAUCAUUGUAGACAGCAAGAAACGACAUGAACACAUCAGGUUUUCUUGUAACAUUUGCAAGUAAUAGUCUGCAGCCUACAAUGUACACAUCAAACCCAGAAGACUCUACAUGUAUUUGUCCAAAACUACAGCCAUCCACAAACAUUUUGUGUGAAGGGUCUGUGGGUUAACAGGGUGCAGUUUGUCCAACUAUACAGGCUUCCACUCCGCAGAAGAUACUCGGUCGAAAACAAACAGGACAGUCAGAACAGUGUCAGAUGGCUUCAAGUGCUUCCUAAAUAUUGACGCUGAAGUGCCUGUAUAAUAUUUGUACAACUGACAGUGAAGCGAAACACGAAUUGCUGGUGUAUUUAAUGCACAGUUCUUUACUGGAAAGUUCUACUUGAAACCUCUGGAGUGACUACAGUUUGCAGACCACCAGUGGAUUUGCAGUUGUCAAAAUGUGGAAACUCUUACUGUUUAUGUGAGGAUAUUUUGAUUGAUGAGAACUUUAGUAAUAUUAUGAGGCAGUGAAUGUUUGACUGACACAGUGCCCAUGGCCAGCAUUGUUUCACGUACCCUACGGCCCAGGGGGGCUAGCGGCAGGCCCACAGCAGGCCCACGGAAGCCCUACCACCUGCCCAAGCUUGAUCAGCUUGCUCCCAAGGUGGGGCCGGAGGGGAGGGUGUGCUCUGACCCCUCUCCUAGAGUGGCAAAACGACAAUCUAAGAAGCACUCAAACCUCUCUGCGGAGCCCAGGACUAAAGAAACCAGUGCCAAACUCAGCCUGACCAGCAUCACCUCCAACGGCUCCACCUCAGCACCAGCCAGGGGUACACGGAGGAGCAACAGUGGCGACGGGGAUGAGAAUAAAGGUGUCGGACCCAGAAAGACAAGUCAGGAGUCCGUCGGCACCUUAAAGAGUCGGACUUCACAGUCCUCGUUUGAGUCGGAUUUGAGCGAGACCACGGCCAAGAUCGACGAGAGCCUGCGGUGGGACAAUGUCUGCUCGGAUCCCGAGCAGGAGGCCGAGCGCAUCCGGAUCUACAAGAUCAACCGGCGCAAGCGCUACCUGGCCGAGUCGCUGCGCAAGCGGCAGGACAAAGAGAGCGUGCUCAGCUUUGCCAAGGAGAUUGCUGCAUGUGAUGACCGGUGACGUCAGUCUCUUGUCCUACAGCCUACUGUCAGGAUUUGUGGCUGAUUUGGGGUCAGUUGUAGGCCGUGUCAGCCAGAAUUCACCCAGCAACUGGUAUGUGCACUACCUGUUGAGGGCGCCCUUCUCAUGGAGCAGCAUAUCGUUAUGAGGGUGUUUGACCUACCAUUGCUGCGUCGUUGGCUUU